AUGGCUCCCUACAAGGCCUUGUAUUGUCGCAGGUGUAGGACACCUACUUGCUGGUCAAAAGUUGGGGACACAGAGCUAUUUGGAUCUAAUUCUGCUCAGGAGACCACUGAGCAGAUUAAAAUGAUUAGGGAUCAUCUAAAAAAGGCUCAAGAUCGCCAAAAGAGUUAUUAUGAUCUCAAGCAUUGGCCUCUAGAUUUUGAGGAGGGAGAUCAUGUGUUUUUAAAGUUAUCACCGUUGAGAAAGUAUGUAGCUGAUCCUUCUCAUGUGGUUCAACCUAAUGAUGUUGAGAUUCAGGAAAAUUUGAAAACUCCCAUUGGGCCACUGAGGAUACUCGAAAGAGAUGAGAAGAGGCUGAGGAAUAAAUUCAUUCUUAUGGACAAAGUCCAAUGA